AUGAGGUUCCUACACAAGCAUAUUUUCACUAGAUUCGGCACUCCAAGAGCUAUCAUAAGUGAUGAGGGAACCCAUUUUGUGAAUAAAUUGUUGGCUACCUUAUUGGCUAAAUAUGAUGUGAGGCACAAAGUAGCUACACCUUACCAUCCCCAAGCUAAUGGGCAAGAUAAGUUCUCCAAUAGAGAGAUAAACGGUGUCCUUGAGAAAGUGGUGUAUCCCAACUGCAAGGAUUUUUCCAAGAGGUUAGAUGAUGCAUUGUGGGCCUAUAGAACAGCUUUCAAGACACCAUUGGGGAUGUCACAAUAUCGUUUGGUGUUUGGUAAAGCUUGCCAUUUAUUGGUGGAACUUGAGCAUCGUGCUUAUUGGGCUAUUCAAACACUCAACAUGGAUUUGCAACUUCCAGGAGAAAAGAGAAUGUUGCAGUUAAAUGAAUUAGAAGAGAUGUGCUUAUUCUCUUAUGAAAAUGCAAAACUUUACAAGGAAAAAAAAAAGAUGGCACGACAAGCAUAUUCAACCAAGAGUGUUUGA